AUGUCCGAGAUCCGUUCCGAAACAUUCACCUCCCCGCGGGGUCCUAUCCACUAUCUGAGCACCGGCCCAACUGACGGGCCGUUGCUCAUUUUCAUCCAUGGUUGGCCGGAGGGCGCUAUGAUUUGGAAACACCAGAUCCAACAUUUCGGCUCUCUCGGCUACUGGUGUGUUUCUCCCGACAUGGCGGGCUAUGGAAAAUCCCUGGCUCCCAGGGGAAAUUGGGCCGACUAUGCGUUGGAGGAGAUCAGCAAGGACAACCUCGCGUUGCUAUCCCACCUUGGCCGCGACCAGGCUGUUUGGAUCGGACACGACUGGGGUGCAGGUGCCGUCUCUGCAUAUGUCUCUCACCAUCCCGAAACUUGCCAGGCAAUGUGCCUCAUGUCUAUUCCGUACCUCUCGGCCACUAAAGGCUUCGAUGCUAUCGUUCAGACUGUUGAUCGACAAAGGUAUCCUGAAGCGGAGUAUCCGUACGGACAGUGGGCUUAUAUGGCCCAUUACAUGAAGCAUGGAGAAGAGGAAGUUCAACUGUUUGACCGGAACCGUAACGGCUUGAAGUUCCUAUCUCUUGGCUUCAUGCCGGGAGGCCCCGAGAGCCUAGAGAGACCCUCUCUAUCCUCGAAGGAGAGUGGAUGGCUUGGAGGAAAAGAUCUUCCUGAUAUCCCUACCGCCAAAAGUACUGGGUUUUUGGACCAGGAUGUCUAUGACUCGUUAGUUGAAGGGUACGAAAAGAACGGUUGGUAUGGGCCAAUCGCCUGGUACAUGAACCACGAAAAGAACCGCGAAUACAGCGAGAAGAAUGUGCCCAAUGGAGGGGAACUGAGGCAGCCGGUGUUGUAUUUUGAAGGAAAGUGGGAUGCGGUGUGCAGCCGCAACGUUUCGAACGAGCUAUUCGAGGAACCGAUGAGGAGGCUUUGCAAGGACCUCACGUAUAUUGAGGUUGAGACGGGGCACUUUGUGGCCCAGGAGAAGCCAAAGGAGGUGAACGACGGUAUUGAGACUUGGCUGAAGGAGAAGAAGAUUGUUCCUCAAUGA